AUGGCCAAUAUUUCACAGACUUUUUCUGAAGGGGCUUCAAUAAACAGACCACCCUUAUUUUCUGGAGAUAACUAUCCUUUCUGGAAAAUCAGAAUGAAAAUCUUUUUAGAAUCAGUUGAUAAAGGUGUGUGGGAUGCUAUUGUUAAUGGUCCAUUCAUACCUACAAAAAUUGAGGAAGGAAAAGCUAUACCUAAAGAUUUUCUAUCUUGGACUCCUGAUGAAAAUAAACGUGCUCAUUAUGAUGUGAGAGCUAAGAAUAUAAUCUCAUCUGCACUAACAUUGGAUGAAUUCUACAGGGUAUCAAUUUGUCAAUCCGCAAAAGAAAUGUGGGAUGUGUUAGAGGUAACUCAUGAAGGCACGGAUGAAGUCAAGAGAGCUAGAAAGAACACAUUAGUUCAAGAAUAUGAAAUGUUUAGGAUGAAGGCUGAGGAAACAAUCUAUGAUGUGCAAAAAAGGUUCACUCAUAUUGUGAAUCAUCUCAUAGCAUUGGGAAAGGUCUUUGAAAAGGAAGAAUUGAAUAUCAAAAUUCUGAAAAGUCUGAAUAGAGCAUGGCAGCCUAAGGUUACUUCAAUCUCUGAAUCAAGAGAUCUCACCACAAUGAGUAUGGCAACUCUCUUUGGAAAAUUAAGAGAGCAUGAAUUGGAACUUGGACGUUUAAAAGAGGAAGAGGAAGGAGAGAAAAGGCAAAGCAUUGCAUUAAAAGCUGCUGCAAAAACUGACGGAAGAAGCAAAACCAAGGAUAAAGAAACUGCUGCAGAAAAAGAGGAUGAAGCUUCUGAUUCUGAGGCACUAAAUCUGAUGGUAAAACGUUUUUCAAAGUUUUUAAAGUACAAAAAUAAAUCAACUGGAAAAUCUGUUGCAGGAAAUAGAAGAUUCUCUUCCAAGAAGCAAGAGUCAUCUUCCAGCGUUCCAACAUGUUAUGAGUGUGGUAAAUCUGGUCAUAUCAAACCUGAGUGUCCAAUUCUCAAGAUCAAAAAGAAGUUGGAAGAAAAAAAUGAGGCCACAAGCAAAUCCAAGAGAGUGAAGAAAGCGUAUAUUGCUUGGGAGGAUAAUGACUCCAGUACCUCUAGUGAUUCAAGUGAAAGCAAUGAAGAAGAAACAAAUCUAUGCUUGAUGGCUGAUACAAAAUCCUCUGACAGUAGUGUAAGUGAUCUUGAUCUUGAAUCUAUUGAUGAAAGCUAUGAAACUAGGUUCUAUCAACUACUUGAUGUGUAUAAUGAGUUGCAUGAAGAGGCUAGAAAGCUGCAAUACGCUAAUAACAGACAUAAAGGUGAAAAUAGGUGGCUUGAAAAUAGAUUAAAACAACUUGAAACUGAGAUGAAGAACUGA